UCGUAUUUUUUAUUCGUAUUUUUUAUUAUAAUAUUGGCAGCAUUGUUACAUGUUAAUAAAUCGGCAAGUAUUGUGACGGGGAUCAGUCUCGUGGUGUCCACCGGUGAUUUCAAGUGAAUGUAUUGUAUAAAAAUAUUUAUGAUUUUGUUGUAUGACCGUGCAAUUAGAAAAACAUAAAAUGUUUAUAAUAUUUCGUACGCUUCUCAUACUCAUUCAUCUUUUAUACAGCUUACGGUUAAUCAUUUAUAAUAGCUGUUUAAUCGUUCAUCGAAAGUGUAUAGGAUAUUGGUAUAAGAAAAAUCCAAAGAUAGAGAUAGAAAUGCUUGUGCACAGUAUGAAUAAAUUAAGAAAACUGCCAGAACAUGUGGUUAUUUUGGGAGAAAAGAAAGAUUGUAUCAAAGAUUCCAUACAAAUAAUUUCUUGGUGUAUUACAUUGGGUAUACCUUUUAUUAGCUUUUACGGUCGAAAAGACUUUUUAUCGCAACAUGAAAAUGCUCUUAAACAAGAGUUUGCUGUUAGAAGACCAGAAUUAAUGGAGUAUAUUAAUUGGAGUCAGUUGCAUAUUCCACGCAAAGAGAAUGGAAUUACAGGUUCUAACACUGUGAUUCGAAUAUUAUUACCAUGUAAGAAUAGCGGAAAGGGAGGAGUAGUAUUAUUAACGCAGCAUUUAGCAGAAGCUGUAACAACAAAAAAUUUAAAAAUAGAAGAAAUCAAUGAGAAUUUUAUUUGUGAGAAAAUGACAUUGAAAGGAAUUCCUGAUCCUGAUCUAGCUUUAAUACAUGGACAUAUUUGCUCUACAUAUGGUUUUCUUCCAUGGCAUAUUAGGACAACAGGAUUUGUCACGUUACCUGAAUGCCACAAUGUGUCAGUAAAGGACUUCAUUUGGAUACUAAAAAAAUAUAGUAAGCGAGAACAAAGAUAUGGCGAAUAAUAUUAUUAUUUAUAAAUAAUUUCUCUAUAAUAUUUGUGUGAAAAAAGACAAUUGAAUUGAAUCCUUUGAUAAAGACUGAGCAGGAAAUAAAUAAAAGGAAUUGUUUUGUAAUAAA